AUGGGAGAACAAGCUCCAUCCCAUUCAAAGCCCACCGAGGCAAAAUUGCAACGGCAAUAUACCCCGCAAUGGGUCUCCUUGACAGCCGGGGGAGUAGCAGGAGGAGUGGAAGCUGCGGUGACUUACCCUUUCGAAUAUUCAAAAACCCGCGUCCAGCUUCUCCAAAAAGGCGCGGGAACAAGCCCAGCCAACCCCUUACGACUUAUUCUUCAUGUCGCCCAAAAAGAGGGAAUUGGAGCACUCUAUACCGGAUGCUCAACCCUUAUCGUCGGUACGACUGCGAAAGCAGGGGUAAGAUUUCUAUCAUACGACACCAUCCGCAAUACCUUGGCCGAUGAUAGCGGCAAGCUCUCUGCUGGCCGUGGAAUAUUGGCCGGAAUGGUCGCGGGUGCUGUCGAGAGUGUUCUGGCUGUCACACCAACUGAGAGAAUCAAAACCGCAUUAAUCGAUGAUGCCAAAAAUGCUCGACAAUUUCGGUCCAGUCUGCAUGCGGUGACUACACUAGUUCAAAGGCACGGUCCUUCUGAGCUGUAUCGUGGCUUGGUAUCAACCACAAUCAAGCAAUCAGCUACAUCUGCUGUCCGCAUGGGGACAUAUAACAUACUCAAAGAACUCACAAAAUCGCAAGGUAUUGCGCCAAGCGUACUCACAAACUUCAGUGUAGGGGCGUUGGCUGGAGUCAUAACAGUCUAUGCCACUCAGCCUUUUGAUACUAUCAAGACGCGAGCCCAAGGUGUCCAGGGAGCCAGUAUUGAUCAGGCGGUACGCAGCGUGCUACGUGACUAUGGCGUCCGGGGCUUCUGGAAGGGCAGUACCAUGCGUCUAGGUCGAUUGGUGUUGAGUGGUGGCAUCGUGUUCUCGGUAUAUGAGGAGAUGGCAGCUCUGCUCUCAUCCAUAUCAUAUAGACGGUCUGAAAGCUCAAUUUCAUACUAA